AUGAUGAUGAUUAUAAUUUUGCAUAGCCGGCUUUCUGCCGGGGCUGGGAAAGUGGAUCUCUCCCAAACAGGCGCCUUGGAUAGUGACAACUGCUUAAUAAUUUAAGCACGCCCAGCGGGUUUACUGACAGGCGGGUGACAGGAUAGCAAAGUGAAUGAUGUGCAAAACCCACGCAGGACGCAGCACCAGCACAAGCCGAGCUCAGUGCAUGGAAACCAGGAAAUAGAUGCACUUCUGAAGGCCGAUGGUUGGAUCUUGCCUGACGCUGGACUGCCGUGGGACCAGCACCACCUCGUUUGCGACGCCUGUUUGCACAACCCGAGCACUUUCCCAACAUGGCAUUUCAGAGGACGGAGGGCAUGUCCAUUAUCCAGGCCUUGGCUAUGACCAUAGCAGAGAUCCCCGUGUUCCUUUACACCACGUUUGGGCAGUCGGCCUUUUCCGCGCUGAGGAUCACUCCCGGCCUCCGGAAGGUGCUCUUUGCCACGGCUCUCGGGACGGUAGCUUUGGCCUUGACGGCCCACCAGUUGAAGCGGCGACGGCGGAAGAAACGAAUCACCCCAGAGAAGUCCAGCGCCAAGCCUGGGGUGGUUCCGGUGCCCAUCUUGCCCACCCGCCGGGUCCCCUCGGUGAAAAAAGGUUAUUCCGGCCGUCGGCUGCAGAGUCCCGGCAGCAAGAGCAACGACACGCUGAGCGGGAUCUCCUCCUUGGAGCCCAGCAAGCAUUCCAGCUCUUCGCACAGCCUGGCCUCUAUGGCGGUUGUCAACUCCCCCAGCCCCACCCCAGCUUCUGCAGCUCCCUGGGAAGCCCCUUUGGGGGGAGAAGAUCCAGGCGCUGCUGGCGACUGCAGUGCGGAAAACCUUUAUUUUCAAGGCAUGGAGCUGUUUGAAGAGGCCCUGCAGAAGUGGGAGCAGGCCUUGACCGUCCGUCAGAGGGACCCCCCCAGCCUCUCGGCCUCUUGGGUCGUCCCCAGGGAGGAGGAUCUGCUGCUGCCUGAAGACCUCUGUGAGGAAUCUCAGAAAAAAGAAUUUGCAGACAAGCUGGAACUGCUCCUGUACCGGGCGUAUAACCUGCAGGAGGAGUUUGGGUCCUCUCUGUCGACCGACAACCUGUUGCUUGAUUUAGAGCAGACUCUGAUGUUCCCACUGACUGAGCAGUCUCUAAGGCGCCAGCAAGAUGAGGAGGCAGAUAGUGUGACCUCCGAGGAAUCCUUUUUCUCAGCCGCGGAGAUCUUUGACUCCCUGGAAAUUGAGAAGAUGCCAUUCCAGCCUUCUAAGCCAGCUGUUGCCUACGAAGAAGCGUUGCGGCUGGUGAAGGAUGGGUUGGUUUUGUGCAGGACCUUUCGCACAGAGCUUUUGGAGUGCUACAGCGAUGAUGAUUUUCUGGCAAAGCUUCACUGCAUCAGGCAAGCUUUUCAGGAACUGCUGCUGGUGGAGAACAAUCAGACAUUUUUUGGGGAGGUGGGCAAACGCAUGGUGAUGGGGCUGAUGACCAAGGCUGAAAAGAACACAAAGGGUUUCCUUGAAAGCUACAAGGAGAUGCUGCUCUACACGCUGAGACAGGAGACUUGGCCAACCACACAGAAGGAACUGGAAGGCCGAGGGGUGGUCUGCAUGAAUUUCUUUGAUGUUGCCUUGGACUUCAUCCUCUUGGAUGCUUUAGAAGACCUGGAGAAUCCGCCUUCCUCUGUUGUGGCCAUCCUGCGCAACCGUUGGCUCUCCGACAGCUUCAAGGAGACGGCUCUUGCAACCGCCUGCUGGUCAGUUCUGAAGGCGAAGAGGCGGCUUCUGAUGGUUCCGGAUGGUUUUAUAUCUCAUUUUUACUCCGUAUCGGAGCACGUCAGCCCAGUCCUGGCUUUUGGCUUCCUGGGGCCCAAACAGCAGCUUUUUGAAGUCUGCAGCUUUUUCAAGCAUCAGAUUAUGCAAUAUCUGAAGGACAUGUUUGACCUGGACAUUGUAAGGUACACAACGGUGUCCUUGUUAGCCGAAGACAUCCUUCAGCUGUCACGGCGUCGCAGUGACAUCCUGCUCGGCUACUUAGGCGUGGAGACUAUCCCAGAGGUCAAUGGAACUCUGGGAAAUGACAGUGUUUCCUUCGAUAGCGUCAACUAAGCUUGCUUGAUCGGAGAAGACCGUUUGGGGCUUAUAAAUGGGUUUGUUUUCUCCUUUUUCAAGGCAACCGGCCUCCCUAUUUCGGAAGCCGAAGACCGAAGGCAGCGAAAAAGACCGAAGACCUUGGCAACUUUUAAGAGAGGUGGACUUCAAUUCUGGUUGGGGAAUUAUGGGAGUUGAAGUCCACCCAUCUUAAAAUCACUAGAUUGAAAAACACUAAUUUAGAGAUUAUUUAAUGGCCGAGAUGUUUCCAGCAUCAUCCAGAUGGGAAGUUUUUGCCAACCAGCCCUACCUGUUUCGAGUUAUUUAAUACUUGCAUAAAUUGUGGCCGAGUCCUGUCGGAUAUUCCUGUUUUGAGAUUAGUGCACAAGGACACUUUUUUCCCCUAUGAAAUGUGAUGGCCGAAAAGAAAGACAAGUGGGGAGAGACCUGGUUGAGCUCUAUGGACCUUUUGAUCACUUGAUUUGGAAAAUUCGGUUUUAAUUUUUUUUUAAAUGAAUUUAUUUUAUUGUGUGUCUUGUCAGCAUUCUUCAACCUUGGCCACUUGAAGGUGGGUGGACUUCAACUCCCAGAAUGCUCCAAUCAGCAUGCUGGCUGGAGAAUUCUGGGAACUGAAAUUCACGUAUCUUAAAGCAUGCUGACCUUCACGUUGGCAAGGUUGAAAAACGCUGUAAAGUCAAACUUUUAAUAAUUAAUAUAUUUAAUAAUAACAUUAAAGAUUCUUGCACAUAUGGUGGACUCGGAUGGAAGAACCCCUGAAAGAGAUGGAUGGAGAAGGAAGGAAGGAAGGAAAGAAGAAACAAAGGAAAGAAGAAAUGAAAGAAGAAAUGGAAGGAAGAAAAGAGAUGGCAAUGAGGGAGGGAGGAAGGAGGGAAGGCCAGAUCUCACUGGGUCCUCUGGAAAGGAUCAAAUGUUUUAGUGAAGCCUUGCAAGAAAUGCUUUACUCUAAAAUCCCAAUUAGCUUGAGAGCUUAUCCACUUUCAUAGAUGAGACAAACUUCCUUUUUUAUUUUUCUCUCCGACAUCUUCAUGGUCAUAUUCCAAAAACUGGGAAUUUUCUCUUUCAAUCUGAAGGCACCUUCUUCUCCCAGAAAUGAGGGAAUUGGAACACAAAACUCCAACAGCUUCUUGUGCCCAAGUCGUUUUUGCUCACUUGGUAUGACAAUUGACCACUGACCUUCACAUUUUUUUGAUCCCAACCAUCAUGGCUACCUUUUCCUACAGAUUUGGACAUUUUCAGCCUGGGAAAAGUGGACUUUUCUGCCUGCAAAUCAAAGGAUGGUGGGGAGAUUGUGAUCUUUGGAUAUUGCUAAAUCUUGAACAUCCUGUGUCCAUGGGAUGUGAGGUGGAGGGAGAAGAGCAAUAUUCUGGAAAUUAUAUACGGUAGUUAAUCGACAUCUAAAGCAGUGUUUUUUCACCCUUGGCUACUUUUAAGAUCUGUGGACUUCAACUCCCAGAAUUCCGUAAUCAGCUUUGCUGGCUGGAGAAUUCCUGGAAUUGAAGUCCACACUUGUUAAAAGAGGAGGAAACCCAUUUUGGGGAAUAUUGCCUGAAAAUGUGGAAGGAAUUGAAUGUAAUUUUUGUGCCUCAUUAUUUUGGUUUGCUUGAACUUUAUUUCCCCCCCCCGUCCGUGAUCGAUGUGCUUAUGCCUCUCAAUCCCCUUUGCAAUUAAAACUUUUGUAUCCUAUUAGAACUUUUGGCACUGAAAAAAAAAAUCAAAUAAAUAUUUCCUUUAUUAUUAA